AUGGCCAACUAUAAUCUUCCCCAGCCGUACUUUCAUCUCUGUCCCGACCUCAACAUUCCCCCGCCCCCCAAUGGCCAACUCAAGCUGGGCACAAUAUUGCGAGACGUCAGCAUUGGUAACGUCAUAUUCCCUCUUGACGGUGGCAAACCUAUUGAGGCUCCCGAUUCGCAACUAAGGCCGUUCCAAGUAGCUUCCAAGAUGGGUGGCUUUAUUCGGAGCCUGGAGGAACUCGGCGAAGGCAAUAUGUGGGAGGCAAUCGCUAACAGUGAGGUGGUGUCCCAAUACUCCCGCCCAAACUAUCACGUAAACAGACACAAAAUUUUGGCAGUGGAUAAGCUACUUGUUCGGUACUUUAUUCCGACGCCUGAUUACAUUGACAAGGCUCUCGAAAUCGAUGGUGUGGCCCAUUAUAUCGAGAGCACGCAGCGGAAGAGGCCUGUAUAUAUGAUCACUGGGCUGAUGUGGACCGACGGAGCUACGAAGCUUGUGAAUAAGCGUGGUGCAGACGGUUUUGACAGAGACUCAUCUAGUCCAUUCAUCGUCGGGAUCCGAGUUCGAAAGAUAUGGUGGCGUAAGAAUGGUACGAGGUAUGAAUCCGAAGACGAACUUGAAGCUCUAUUCGACCCCUCCAGCGCCAAGGAAGAGAGCAAUGAGGGCGAGACGAAAGAGGAGGAAAGCGAGAACCAAAGAAAGGAGAACGGUCGCAAUCAUCUUAAAGUUUGGUGGUUGCAAUAA